AUGUCGUACUCUGUACCAGCCAAGCCAUGCCCUCUGAAAAUAAAGAGCAAGCAUGGUCAGCAGCGGCCGAACCUGGUAAUAUUCAUGCCAGACCAGCUUCGCUACGAUUCGUUGGGAUGCACCACGAAAGGAGUUUCUCCUGUGAAAACGCCCAACAUUGAUGCUUUCAGUCGAAGAGGCACGCUUUUCAACAACUGCUUUGUCCAGGCAUCAGUAUGCUCGCAGUCGAGGUGCUCCAUGUUUACGGGGACAUAUCCACAUGUCAGUGGGCAUCGAAGUCUGGAGAAUCUCAUCAAGCCUUGGGAGCCGAAUAUAUUUCGAAGUCUCAAGGAGAGUGGCUACCAUGUGGCGUGCCUAGCUCCCAGAGGUGAUACUUUUGCACCUACUGUUACCGAACUGAGCGUGACUGAGUACGGAUUUCUCGAAACGCCUGAAGUCGUGCCUAAGUUCACCGGAGGGGGUGCACCUGAAAAUAUUGAUAAAGAGAAUAUCUGGAGUCGAUUAUUCUACAAAGGGCUGCGGAAUUCGACAGAAGCCUCGGACUACGACGACGCAGUAGUCCGAUCGGCACUUACGUGGCUAGAUUGUCCACCCAACGAUAAGCCUUGGGUCCUUUUUAUGCCGUUGCUCUUCCCACACUGCCCAUUCCAAGUUGAGGAGCCAUACUUUUCUAUGUACGACCGCUCGGCUAUGCCCCCGGUAAAGUCGACUCCGAAGGACAAGACCGGAUACGAACCGCGAUAUAUGACGGUGAAUCGUGAACAGUACGGCACGCACCGCGCAACCCCUGAGAUCUGGGCCGAGAUCAAAGCUACGUACUACGGGAUGAUAUCUCGCUUGGAUGAUCAAUUCGGGAGGAUUAUCGCAAAGCUCGACUCAUUAAGUCUAUGGGAUGAGACUGUAACCAUGUUCUUCACGGACCACGGCGAGUACCUUGGAGACCAUGGGAUGAUCGAAAAGUGGCCGUCAGGGCUGUCGGAAACACUAGUCCACGAACCACUCAUCAUUGGUGGUGCCGGUCUACCUCAGGGUCAGGUCACGGAGGUCAUGGCCGAGAUGGUCGAUCUCGUCCCGACUAUCUUCGAGUUGUGCGAGAUAGGAGAGCACUUUCCACAUAAUGGCCAGUCGCUGGUCCCUGUGCUCAUCGACGGGAAGUCUGAACAUAAAAAGUAUGCCUUCUGUGAAGGUGGCUUUCUGAUCAGCGAGGAACCACUGCUCGAACAAGCACCCUAUCCGUACGACAUCAAGGCAAGUCUCCAGCACAAGGAUACGGCUUUAGUGGGCAAGGCCAUUAGUAUUCGGAGUCAAGAGUGGGCAUACGUCUAUCGAUUGUACGAACCGGCAGAGCUGUACCACCGCAUCAACGAUCCGGAAGAGAUGCACAAUCUAGCCCACGACCCCGAGCAUGCGAGCGUCGCACGCGCCCUGGAAAGUGAGAUCUUCCGCUGGAUGGUUGGUGGCUCGGACUUCCUGCCCUGGCAGAGGGAUGCUCGUUUCCCCCAGGUCCAGCUGAAAUCCCCAAGAGAGCAGUUUCUAGAACGCCUGGAGCGGGCAGAUCAAGGGAUGAAUGGAAAUGCCAAAUAA